AUGAAAGCAAUUGAAUUUUUCUUCAAAAGUGCCCACACAAACGACGCUAAACCUUAUUUAGUCUUAAUAAAUCCUAAAAGUGGAUCAGGGAAUGCUCUAAAUGGUUUUAACUUCGAAAUUUCCCCCAUUUGGAAACAAAUGAAUGUUCCGUAUGAAUUAUUUUGCACAGAAUAUCCAGGCCAUGCAGAAAAUUUUAUCAGAAGUUUACCAAAAGCUAGUCUUUUACGUUAUCGAGCAAUAGUUACGUGUUCAGGUGAUGGACUAGUGUAUGAAGUAAUUAACGGAUUCAUAACAAGAAAAAAUUAUGAUGAUGCCAUUGAUGAGCAUACAAUACCUGUUGGAAUUCUACCAGGAGGUAGUGCUAAUUCAACUGCUGCUUCAAUUUGUUAUCAUUCUGGUUUAUUGGGCAAAUCAUCACUUUUAUCACACUGUGGCUUUCUGUUAACAUUACCAAUUGAAAAUUUACAAAAUAGUCAAUCUAAACAAGUUAAUGAGCAAAGUGAAAAUUACAAUUUUACUUUACCACUUUUACCGUGUAUCAGUCCGAUGAGUGGUAUACACUUUGGAACAUGUGACAGAAAUUUUCAUCGAUACGGUAUUCAAAGUAUUGAAUGGGGUUUCGUCGCUGAUUUGGACUACAAAAGUGAACGAUUUCGUUGGAUGGGUGAAAAAAGAUUUCUACUUUAUGCAUGUUACUACCUCAUGAAGAAACCAACAUAUCGUGCUAAAUUAUCAUACUUACCGUUUGAUAAUGCACUAUACCAAAAAAACAAAUAUAAAAAUGAUGAACUGGUUCAAAAAUCUUCUGUACCAUCAACGGCAUGUGGAAAUUCAAGUGAUUUUACAGAUAAAUUAAACGUAUCUCCUACACAGAUCAAAAAAUCGUGUCAAUCCUGGUCGUUUCUACCAGAAAUUAACCAACCUAUUUCUAAUCAUCAAGAUAAAUGGGUCACUUUAGACAAAAACUUCGUUACAAUAUUAGUAACAAAUCACUCUCAUAUAACAUCUAGUACCGUAAUGUAUCCGGAUGCUCAUAUCAGUGACCCAUAUUUAACUUCAUUAAUUCUGCAUGAAAACACAACAAGACUUAAUUUGUUAGCUUUGGGACGAGCAAUGUCAAAUGGUCAAGGCCUACAAUCAACAUCAAACAUGGAUAUUGUAAAAAUUUUUGCUCUACGAAUAGAACCGUAUUCUAAAGAUUCAGUACCAAGGUUGUAUGAACUCCAUAUUAUUUCAGAAUUUCAUUUUACUUAUUUGAAACAAAUCAGAACUUAA